AUGGCUGACCAGGAGAAUGUGCGCAUCACUCGGACGGCCAAGAGGAGAGCGGCGGGGAACACGGAGGAUAUGCCGGUGCCCAAGAAAAGGGUGGUGUUGGGGGAGUUGCCUAACGUGUCGAACGUUGUCGUUUCGGUGAAUCCCAGUUUGGGGAAUGAGCCACAGAAAAGGAAAUCUAGGGCAAAAACCAAGGCAAAGAAGGCUUUGGUGAGUACGACGGCGAAGUCAACGACGGAGGAUGUUGCUGAGAAGGUUGAUAUCGAUGGCGAGUCCCAUGAUCCUCAGAUGUGCGCGCCUUAUGCGACGGACAUAUAUGACUAUCUACAUAAGAUGGAGGUGCAUAAUGCACAAGUCCUCCCCCGAGUCCAGCAUACCCCAACUUUGAGAGUUUUGGCCCAUACAGAUGCAGACAUGAAAUUGAUAUUUUUUGAGCUGACCCUGAAUGUUGUGAUGAAAAUGGUUUGGAAGAAGAGGUAUGUGGGAGAGAAUGAAGGAGAUGUAGAGGAGGCCGGGAGGUUUAAAGAAAUUGUGACAGGAUCCCUUUGA